AUCAAAGACUUUGUUUAAUCCCCAUUUGUCUGAGGGUGCAAGGUUAUGAGUGCUGUAAUUCUCUCUUGUUGAACUUCUCUUUAAUCCUCAUUUCUGGAUUAAAGGAAAAAAUACAUAAUAAAAGACAAUUAAAGCAAGAAAGUUUCUGUUUCCGAGCCUUGCUUUUCAUCAUUUUUUUUGAGGAUUAAGGAAACAACACCAACAACAAAAUGUCAUUUACAGGAACUCUUGAUAAAUGCGCGGCUUGUGAUAAGACUGUUUAUGUGGUUGACUUGUUAACUCUUGAAGGUGUACCUUACCAUAAAAGCUGCUUCAAAUGCAGUCACUGCAAGGGAAAUCUUACUAUGAGCACCUAUUCCUCAAUGGAUGGUGUCCUCUAUUGCAAGACACACUUUGAACAGCUUUUCAAGGAAUCUGGCAACUUUAGCAAGAACUUUCAAGCAAAGUCAACUGAAAAACAAAAUGAGCUGCUGAAUAGGACCCCAAGCAGACUCUCCUCGAUGUUCAGUGGAACCCUAGACAAAUGUGCAGUUUGCUCAAAAACAGUCUAUCCCCUGGAAAAGAUGUCAUUAGAAGGAGAAUGCUACCACAAGAAUUGCUUUAGAUGUGCUCGUGCAGGUUGCCACCUCACACAUUCCUCCUAUGCUGCUUUGGAUGGUGUCCUCUACUGCAAGCACCAUUUCCAACAGCUUUUCAUGGAGAAAGGGACCUACAGCCAUGUGCUUGAGGCUUGUAAUGCCAACAAGAAGAAUGCCACUCCACCUCCUGAACCUGCUGAUGAUCAAGAGCCAUCAUCAGAGCCUGCAGAACCACCUAAGGAACCCACAGAAGAGGAAGAAAAGCCUGAAACAUAAUAGGAAGGAAACAUGAAAUAGCAUCAUGAAUUUGCUUUUCAUGUUUCCCUCCUCUCUUUCUUUCAGAGUUUCUAAACUUCAGUGUAACAUUUGUUAAUAUUUUAAGCUAAUUUGAGAGGUUUAUUUAUGUAUGUUAAUGUAUCUCCGUACAAAGAGUCUUUGAAUACACAAUAUACAUUAAUUCUUUUAUUCCUUUGGUGGGAGGUUUUUUCUCCUGCAGUGGAAUUACCAAUAUGUAAUAGUAAGGAAGAUAAUUUGAUCUUGUCCACAAAUUUGGAUC